AAUGGCAAGAAAUUUUGAAUGGGGCAUCCGGCAGUCGCGAAUGAGUGAAUCGAAUGUAUACAGCAAAAAUGGCGCCAUGAAUUUAAACAGCGGACCACGCACAGUAACAGGACGUACAUCCGACAGAUUUUCUUUUCCUGAUAUUACUGCCUAUGAAAGGAAAGAAUGGAAACUUCAGGAAGUGACUGUAAACAUUAGUUUGGUGAUAAACAGUGUACACCGUACACCAUUCAUGCCGUCUGGUCAUCGAGAAAUAAUCAGAGCAGCUAUUCUCAAGAAUGAAUCUGUUGUCGACUCAGAGUUCUACCCCAUAUUGGAUGCGAUCAAUUACCGCCUCGUGGAUGAAUAUCAUAUCACCUCAGAAUCAUUGGCGAGGAACUCCCACUGUCCGGGAGCAGGCGAGGAACUCCCACUGUCCUGGAGCAGACGAGGAACUCCCACUGCCCUGGAGCAGACGAGGAACUCCCACUGCCCUGGAGCAGACGAGGAACUCCCACUUCCCUGGAGCAGGCGAGGAACUCCCACUUCCUUGGAGCAGACGAGGAAUUAA